UGUCCCAUGUGUGUGAGGGUUUAUGUGACAGAGAGAGCGCGCGCGUCUUCGGUUGUGUACGAUUCAUCAUGGCGAGUUCUACAGCCGUCCCCCCAUCAGCAGCGAACGCCCCAUCUCUCAAGGGCUCCGGUAAAGAUGUAUCCAGCAGAAACGGCAUGGAAGACAGUGUCCACAGCUUCAAGGCGGCUGACCUGGUCAUUGAGCUGUCCCAGACCCACAAGGCCAAACCUGACCUGACCGAUCUGGUGUUUGGAACUGUGUUCUCUGACCACAUGUUGACCAUAGAGUGGACCAGCAAUGGAGGCUGGCAGAAACCUCACAUCAAGCCCUUUGGUAACCUGUCUCUCCACCCGGCCUGCUCAGCCAUGCACUACGCUGUGCAGUUGUUUGAGGGUAUGAAGGCAUACCGAGAUGCUGAUGACAAAGUGCGUCUCUUCAGACCCAUGCUCAACAUGAACCGUAUGGCCAAUUCUGCAGAGAGGGCCUGCCUGCCGGCCUUUGACAGGGCAGAGUUGGUAGAGUGUAUCAGGAGGCUGGUACAGGUGGAUCUGGAGUGGGUACCCAAGUCAGACUCUGCCAGUCUCUACAUCCGACCCACUUUCCUGGGUACUGAGCCAUCUCUAGGAGUGAAGAAGCCGUCCCGUGCUCUGCUUUAUGUGAUCCUGAGUCCUGUUGGUUCCUAUUUCAGUACAGGAGCUAAGCCUGUCUCUCUCUGGGCCGACUCCAAAUACAUCAGAGCCUGGAGAGGAGGGACUGGAGACUGUAAGAUGGGAGGGAACUACGGAGCAUCUAUCUACGCCCAGUAUGAAGCAGUGGAAUAUGGGUGCCAGCAGGUCCUCUGGCUGUACGGAGACGAACAUCAAAUCACAGAGGUCGGAACCAUGAACAUGUUCCUCUUCUGGAAUAAUGAGAAUGGAGAGGAGGAGCUGGCAACGCCCCCUCUGGAUGGAAUAAUCCUACCUGGGAUCACGCGGCAGAGCAUCCUGGAACUCACCAGGAAAUGGGGGGAGUUUAAGGUGUGUGAGCGGUACCUGACCAUGGCAGACCUACGCUGUGCUCUGAAAGAGGGCCGUGUUAAGGAGAUGUUUGGCUCUGGUACUGCAUGUGUGGUCAGUCCCGUGGGACGCAUACUCUACCAGGGAGAGAACCUACAUAUCCCCUGCCAGGACGAUUUCCCCCAGCUGGCCUCUAGACUGAUGAAGGAGCUCACAGAUAUACAGUACGGUCGGACCCAGAGUGACUGGUCUGUCCUCGUGUAACCAAGACAAAGUGGUGUGGGUAUCUGGGACAAGCACACACAAACUGCAUAUGCAUAUACGCAGACACACACACACACACACACACACACACACACACACACACACACACACACACACACACACACACACACACACACACACACACACACACACACACACACACA